AUGAGUGGAGGCAUGAAGAGGUCUGCGUCGGUCAAGGUGCAGAAGGAUGUGAUCAUCCCCCAGAGACUCUUGUCCGUCUCAAGGAGAGGGGACGACUUCCCGUCAUUCUCGAACACGCCCCAUAUCCGUCACCGAAGACAGCCCUCUCGCAUACAUAAUGGCUUCGUGCCUAGUGGGUCUCACCAUCAACAGCACCAGGACCAGGAUGACGAUACGUACGGACCAGUCCAGCAGGUCCUAGAUGAAUAUAGGCGACGGUCAUUCUUACCACCUUCGGACAAGAGGACGUCAUGGCAGGAUACCCAAACAUCAGGGAGGCCCAGGAAAACCAGUGACCCGGUGACGAAUCACGACCGACGCUCCGUCCACCAAUCUGUCUACCUGGAAAAGGCCGCGGACAAGGACGUCGAAGCUGGGAUAUCACACGGGAGAGACACAGAGGCCUUCCCCGACUUCCACCCGAGGCCCAUACCUCAGCAUAGGUUCCCGCUGCAGGACCGCUCCUCAGAUGCUAUAUCGUCGGUCUGGGGAGACGAGGACUCGUCGACAUACAGCCCACAGGAUGUGCCCAGGCGCAAUAAUACGGUACGGAGGGUCGUAGAUGCUGUGGUGCCGGACAAGGUGCAGGAAACGGCGCGGAACGUCAUCGGUCGCGCACGUCGAAGUUCCAUGGCUGAGGUUUAUGAGAAGGCCAAGGCCAGGGGUGUCGAGCUUCAACGGAAGCGGUGGGUGGAGGUCCUGUUCGAGUGGACCAUCUACACGAUCUUGAUCUGCUUUAUCUACUUUGUCCUGAUCGGCAUGCCUCUCUGGAACGGGGCAGUGUAUUGGAUGUAUUGGUUAAUAUCGACCAAGUUUGUCGUCGCGGGGGGUUGGUCCAUCACCAUCGCCAUCGCCGCGUUUUACUCGUUCGCUCCCCUCCUCAUCUUCUUCGAGAGGGAGCCCCCAGUCGUCGACCGCCCGGAUGAUUUUGACCGGACCGCGAUACCAGGUGUCGCCACUACGGCCCUUCUCAUCCCCUGCUACAAAUCCGCAAACCUCGUCGGCGCUACCCUCGAAGCAGCGCUGAAGGUUUUCCCUGCCUCGCACAUCUUCGUCAUCGCGAACGGCAACUCCGAGACACCCCUCGACAAUACCGAGGAGAUCUGCAUUCCUUACGGCGUCAACCACAUCUGGUGUCCGGUCGGCUCCAAGAUCGUCGCACAGUUCGUGGGGUGCUACGCCGCCAAGGGCUUCAAGAACGUCCUGCUCAUCGACGACGACUGCGCGCUGCCCCCAAACUUCCCCGUCGUGUCAGAGCGCCUCACGGACAAGGUGCGCUCGAUCGGCUACACCAUCAAGAGUGUCGGACCCGAGUCUUCCAAGGGCACCUACUGCCAGCAGGCCCAGGACUUGGAGUACAAGAUUUCGGGUCUCCAGCGUGCCUUGGCCGGCAAGAUGGGCAGUGCGACAUUCCCCCACGGGGCCAUCUCGCUCUGGGACCGCAAGUUCCUCAUCAAGACGUUUCACGACCACCCGGGCUUCUCCGUCUCGGAAGACUGGUUCUUCGGGCACAGCUGCCGGCGCCUCGGUGGCAGGAUCAAGAUGUGCACGUCCGUCUUCGUCGAGACCGAGACGCCGCCCGCUGUGUUCUUCAGCAGCGGGGGCAGCCGCGGCGGCUUCGGCGAGAUGACCGUGUUCAAGCAGCGGUUUAUGCGAUGGAAUUUCUUUUUCGUCAACGGGAUGUUCUACAACAUGCACUACAUCCUCACCAGCUGGAAGCUCGGCUGGUGGGAGAUCGGCGCCAAGAUAUUCGUCUUCCAAGAGGUCUACGAGACCCUCUUGUACCUGUUCACGCCAUUCAUCCUGCCAAUCUCAUUCAUCGUGUCGCCCGCAUUCUGCGGGUACCUGCUCGCGGGUACUGUCGUGCUCUACCUCCUAAACGUGGUCAUCUUCAACGAGGUGCACCUGCGCAUGCGGAAGGAGCGCAUCGGCUGGGACGUACUGCUGCUGUACUACAUGCCCUACAAGCUCGUCCUGACCCUGGUCAACGUCGCGAGCUGCUACUGGAGCCUGUACAAGUACGCGCGCUACUUCGCCAAGAGACACCCCAAGGUCAUCGAGGACGAGAAGGCCGUCGAGGUCGUCCUGCGCCUCGAGGAGACGACGCCCGUCACCAAGGAGGACACCAUCUACGAGGACGAGGCCGACGGCGGCAGGCGCAUGAGCGUCGCCGUCCUGGGCGCGCAGACAAACCCGCGGACGAGCAAGAGGAUCAGCGCCCGCUUCUCGUACAUCAGCGGCAGCGGCGACGACACGAUCUCCCUCAGCAGCCCGCACAGCCCGUCGCCCCUUCCCACGCCCCCGACGCCCGUCUCCCCGGCGCCCUCGUCCCGCAGCCCGUACGAGCCGCCGUCGCCGGGCUACGGCCCGAGCAAGAGGGUGUCGCACGGCCCCUACCUGGCCGUGUCGGACGCGGCGGCGAGCAGCCCCUACGGCCGGCACUCGCCCACCCUCGGCUACCAGGGCUCGCCCGUGCCCAGCCCCGGCAGCUCCGAGGGCGGCGGCCGCCGGAGCCACGCGGUGCCGCCUGGCGCGGCGAUGCAGCCGCCGCAGAUGGUGCACGUCUCCGGGGCGAACACGGUCCACUUCGAGGCGUCGCUGGAUGAGAGGGCCGGGUCCAGCUCGCUCUACGCGCGGCGGCGGAACAGCUUGUUGUCUAGGAACAUGAUAUGA